GGGGGCGGGCGGCCCGCGGCUACAAGAGCGGCGGGGGCGGCAGCACCGCGCCCCUCCAGCACCGGCCCCGGCGAGCUGCCUCCCGCGCCGCAGCCAUGGGCAAGCACAACAGCAAGCUGGCCCCAGAGGUGCUGGAUGACUUGGUGAGGAGCACAGAGUUCAGCGAGCAGGAGCUGAAGCAGUGGUACAAGGGCUUCCUCAAGGACUGUCCCACUGGCAUCCUCAACCUGGAAGAGUUCCAGCAGCUCUACAUCAAGUUCUUUCCCUAUGGAGAUGCCUCCAAGUUUGCCCAGCAUGCUUUCCGCACCUUUGACAAGAACGGUGACGGGACCAUCGACUUCAGGGAGUUCAUCUGUGCCCUGUCUGUCACCUCCAGGGGCACCUUUGAGCAGAAACUCAACUGGGCCUUUGAGAUGUACGACCUCGAUGGGGAUGGGAAAAUCACACGCUUGGAGAUGCUGGAGAUAAUUGAGGCCAUUUACAAGAUGGUGGGGACUGUGAUCAUGAUGAGGAUGAACCAAGAUGGGCUGACACCCCAACAGCGUGUUGACAAGAUCUUCACAAAGAUGGACAAAGAUAAGGAUGACCAGAUCUCCCUUGAGGAGUUCAAGGAGGCAGCAAAGAGCGACCCCUCCAUUGUCCUCCUCCUGCAGUGCGACAUGCAGAAAUAGAGCCCUGGGAGCUCACCGCUGCACUGACUGCACCCAGCCUCUGCUCCUCAUGAGGAUUUCCAUCCCCAUUUUCUGCUGAGUCCCGCUGUGCUUGCUUGGCCUCAGGUUCCGUCACCCCUGCCACCCAUCUCCAUUCCUGGCUGUGUCCUGGGCAGCCCACAGUCUGUGGGCUGUAGCUCUCCCUUGAUGAGCAGAGCCUGCUCUGGGUAUUGUUGGCUUGAUGUUACCCCCAAAUCACCCCUGUCCCAUCCUGGAGCUGGACUCCCUGCAGCCAAUGACGAGUGUCCUGGCUCCCUGGGACCAACUAUUCCCAUGUCCCUGUUGCUUUCUACCUGCUUUUCCCCACUGCUCUGCCUGGCCCAUCCCCUGACCCUAACUGAAACCAGCUCUUUCCCCUUUCUGCUGUUUUCCCCUGGUUGUUUGUGAUACCUCCAGGGAGGCUGAAAAGUCCCAGGUCCUGGCCCUGGUCUUUCCUUCCCUGGCAACUCCCUGCAAGGCUGCCCAAAGCAGCCAGGGCUGGCUCCAGGGUUUAGAUUUUCUGCCUUUGCUUUCACUGCUGGGAGCAGCCAGGGUUGGUCAGGGAACAUCAGGGGAGAGAAGAAGUGUCCAAGGCUACCCUGGAUGUGGCCCAUGUCCGAUCUCGGUAGCCACCUUCCACUCCAUCACCUGUGUGAGCUGGCAGAGCAAGAGGGUAACUUCCACAACUGCCCUGGCAGUGUCUUGGAUGCUUUGUGGAGUUUCUGGGAUAUUGAAGUGAUGCCUGGGGUCCCAAAUUGGAGGCAGGGGCUGCCUGACUAUUCCACGAGCAGCCCUAGGGCAAGGUUGGAAAUGUGGGUGCCAAAGGCAUAUCCUGGUGCUGCUCCUGCUGUGUGACUACUGUGGGGACUGGUGGCUGCUGGAUUGGGGCUAUGGAGAGGCAUGGAUUGGUCUUGAACCUACUGAGCCUCCUGGCAAGGCUCUGAGGCCACAUGAAACAUCUGCCUCUUUCCUCCCCCGAUCCCAGCCUGCUGUCUCCAUCCCUCCUGCCCCAGGACAUGAAUGUUGUCACAGAUAUUUAAUCUGCAUGUUGUGGUGUUGAUGACUGUAAUAUUUGUUAAGAGAUGGUGAAGUUAUCUAUUUUUUUAAUGGAAAAAUAAACUGUCCCAAUGUGUGGUG